CCCCCCCCCCCAAAUGAUCUUUUUUUCUUGUGAUGUGAUCAUGUUCAUUUAUGAUCCGUAUGUGCUCAUGUGACGUGUCUUGAAUUAUAUGUGUGCAUUUCUUCUUCAUAAAUAAUAAGGUUAAAAAACAUUUCUCGGAUAAAAAACGUGACAUUUAUGAUUUCUCAUGUGUCCCUUCUUGAUUAGAAAAAUGCAUAUGACAUGUUCUAUGUUCCGAAACAAGGGAGAUGCACAAAUAGAUUCUUGACCAGAAAAAUGUGUAUGACAUGUUCUUGAUGAGAAAAUUUAUAUGACAUGUUCUUGGUCCAAAAAUAUUUAUGGCAUGUACCCGAUAAAAAAAAUAUGACAUGUUCUUCAUAACAAAUAUUGCUACAUAUGGUAUUUAAUUUGUGAUUUUCUGAUCUGAAAAAUUAUUUUAUGAUCCAUGUAUGAAGAAAUUGUUAGUUUGGUAAAAAAAAUCCAUAUCUUCAGAAAUAUAAAUUCGUAUCAUAUUUAGAUCUUGCAAAAUGUAGAAUUGUGCCCAAAGUGUGAAACUUUUUAUAAAGCUAUUGCGUGAGAAGAAGCUUAUUUUGUUCAUAUUCAUGGUGGAAAAUAUGAUUCAAUUUGUUUUGUAAUCCAAAACAGCAGAAAUCAUGCUUUUUAUGUUUUGGAAUAUAAAUAUAUGUUUUUUUGAAUUAUAUGUGUAAUUUUUCUCCAAUUUAAAUUAAGUUGAGGGCAUAUUUUCGAAAAUAUGAGGGUCGUCAUAAGGAGAACACAGAGAUUCGGAGAGGGGUAUGCAAAAUUUCUAGAACCAGUCUCAAUGUAAUGAAGGGAACUGAAGGGUAUAGAUAUUACAGGGACACCAUACUAUGUUGGGAAAUUUCGUUCAUAGAGGCUGCCAACAUUUAUGCCAAACAAUGGUAGGAUUGGAUUUUUCAAAGUGAGAUCUUGCAAGAUUACAUCAUUUAUUAGACAAAUUUAUGCAAAACAAUAUUAAGAUUGGAUUUUCCAAAGUGAUAUCUGACAUGAUUAUAUUAUUUAUUAGAUACAUUAAUGACUCAUAUUUUAAUAUAUUGUAUAAAUGUAAUGAAUAAAUGUCAAAUCUUUUAGAUAAUGUCAUAAUUAUUUUGUUCAUGUUGAUGGUGGAAUAUGAUUCAAUUCGGUUUGUAAUCCAAAACAGCAGAACUCAUGAUUUUUUAUGUUUUGGAAUAUACAUAUAUGUUUUUUUUAAUAAUAUGUACAAUUUUUCUCCAAUCUCAAUUAAGUUGAGGGUGUAUUUUCGAACAUACGAGGAUCGUCAUAAGGAGAACACACAAAUUCGGAGAGGGGUAUGCAAAAUUUCUAGAACCAAUCCAAUGCAACGAAGGGAACUGAAGGGUAUAGACAUUACAGGGACACCAUACUAUGUUGGGAAAUUUCGUUCAUAGAGUCUUGAAUUUUUUUCCUAUGAAAUUACAAGUGGUUGCCAACAUUUAUGCCAUACAAUGGUAGGAUUGGAUUUUUCAAAGUGAGAUCCUCAAGAUUACAUCAUUUAUUAGACAAAUUUAUGCCAAACAAUGGUAAGAUUGGAUUUUCCAAAGUGAUAUCCUACAUGAUUAUAUUAUUUAUUAGAUACCUUAAUUACUCAUAUUUCAAUAUAUUGUAUAAAUGUAAUGAAUAAAUGUCAAAUCUUUUCAAUAAUGUCAUAAUUAAAGAUUGCAUGCAUGAGACCAAGCACGUUCAUAAUUUCAUAUCCCUAUAAAUAGUGCAAUAUUCUUUCUAAAAAAUAGCCCCAAUCGAAGUAGUUUACAUUACCGUGGCAGAUAAUUCAUCCCUUUUGCAAGCUUUCCAUCAGAAAUCCUUAGUCUAGGAGCCAUGGAUCCUAAUGGCUCCUACCGUAAAGAUGCUAGAUCUAGUGAAAGUGAGUCCAAUAUUUCCCCCUUGCAUGAAGCACUGAGAUGCCCCCUAGUCAAGCCAACGUUGAAUGAGUUUUUAGCCCUUAUGACCCAGCCACCGUAUUCACAUGCAUCACAAGUACCUACCAUGAUGCCAGCCAAAAACGAGUCCAAGCUGCAAAACCAAACAAAUGUUCCAUUAGCACCGCUCCACGUGUUACCCCAUACAAAUAGUUACAAUAUAUCUCUUGGCAGAACCAUUACAUCACAACCAAUUAUCAUGGAAAGCUCUCAAAAUAAUCAAGAAAUAUUCUCACAACAAGACUUUGUUACAACCCCUAUUGAGAACUACUUCAACCCAUCGCAGCAAAUGCAGAUCUUGUCUAUGGAAUCUCCAUCUAUCACAUCCCUACUCCAAGGAGAUCCCAUUGCCAGUGUACAUGCCCACCUUAACACAAUUGGAGCGUUGGAUGCUGGUCCGAUAUUUGAGAACCCAACAAGGCUAUUCACCAAGCACAUACAACAUGGGGCGCUUUGUAAUGAAGAUCCUUAUGGUAUUCCUACCCCCUCUGGUCCAUUUGCUACAUUCCCAAGUUCCCCAAGAGAAGGCGAGGACCCAGUAGGUGGCCCAAAUGAAAAUUUUGGUGGUGAUGUCAUGCAAGGUUCCAUGAGCUCAGGCUACAGAUGCAAGUUGUGUAAUGCCACUUUCAACUCCUCUCAAGCAUAUGGUGGUCACAUGAGUCACCAUAGCAAAGCAAAGAAGAAAAACAUGCAGGGUUGAUCUUCCCAUGUAGCUAUAACUAGCUAGCUGUGCCAAAACAUUUCUACUAGUGCUACAUUGGAAGAAAGGGAUGGAGGUUCUAGUGCAAGUGGGGAAAAGUUAUUAGAGUCUUCCUUUUUUUCAAAGAAAUUGACAGAUGAAAUAAUAUAAGUGGACAAUUGUUGCUAUGUUCUGUUUAUGUUGUUAUUUCCAUCUGUAGUUACAAACUUAUAAUCAUACUCAAAUUUUUUUUGACAGCUACUCGUA